GCAGAUCUUUUUAUCGUGUUAUGCAUAAACGGUUUUGUUCUGUGUGUAUAUAUACGUCGUCGUCGUCAUCCUCAUGGCCACGGUUCAAGCUCUGUGUGUGUUUCUCUCUCUAGCUUUCUCUCUCUUAAACGGUCGCGGAUUUUUCGAGAAUUUCCAUUUCCCUAACGGCUGUUGUUCGAGCCUCCGUUAGCCUUUCAAAUCCCCCUUUUUCAGUUUAUUCGCGAUAUGGCCGGCGCCGGAGCUCCGGAAUCGGGAGAAUCGGCCACGAAAAGGGCGAAGUCUGGAGACGGUCCGUCGAUUUCCUCUUCCCGCCCAUGGUGGAAGGAGCGGAUGGCCGACGACGGCGCGGCGGGGAGCGGCGGCGACGAUGACUUCGAGGUGGCGGUAGAGGAGGGGUCGCAGGAUCCGCUGGCGGUGUUCGGUUCGGGAAUCAUGUUGGUGAUACUGAGUCGACUCGACGCGCGCAGCGUGGCACUCGCUCGCUUGGUUUCUCGUGGCUGGCUUGCCGUUGCCUCCGUCGACGAAAUUUGGGCGCCCAAGGAUAUUAUUCAUAUUUUGAGAGAUUGGCAUCUUUAUAUGGUGGUCCAAUCCAAAAACAUUCGUUCUGCUUCUGUCAGUCCAAUCAAUGGAGAACAACAAGAAGCUGGUUCUAAUGUUCGAGACUUCUUCACUUAAUUUAAAGCAGAGGCAGUGCUUAUUUU